CUCAUAUUCUCCUUGUCAACUCCUAGCCUUCGGACUUUCAAGCUUUCAUCAUGUCGUCUCCCAAAGUUGCAAUCAUCAUUUACUCCAUGUACGGUCAUAUCGCAAAGAUGGCCGAGUCUGUCAAGAGUGGUAUCGAGUCCGCUGGUGGCUCUGCCGUCAUUUACCAGAUCGCUGAAACAUUGCCCGCCGAAGUCCUCACAAAGAUGUAUGCUCCCGCAAAGCCAAGUUACUCCAUCAUCACCCCGGCCGAACUGGUCAACUUUGACGCCUUUGUCUUCGGCGUUCCUACCCGUUAUGGCAAUUUCCCCGCUCAGUGGAAAGUUUUCUGGGACGCAACUGGUGGUCUCUGGGCUAGUGGUGCUUUGUCUGGCAAAUUUGCGAGUGUCUUCGUUUCUACAGGCACCCCAGGUGGAGGACAGGAGGCUACCAUCAUCAACUCCCUCUCAACUCUUGCUCACCACGGGAUUAUCUACAUCCCAUUGGGCUACAAAAACACAUUCGCGCAACUCACUAACAUAAGCGAGGUUCGCGGUGGUUCUCCUUGGGGUGCUGGCACCUUCGCUGGACCCGAUGGGUCACGCCAGCCUUCAGCCCUUGAACUAGAACUCGCUACCAUCCAAGGCAAGGGCUUCUGGGAGGUUGUUUCCAAGUACAAAUUCUAGAAGGGCCAUUAAUAAUCACAUUUACGGUACUGGCAGAUACCCCAUAAUAGAUACGUGCACGAAAAAUAUAGACAAAAUUUGAUGACAAA